AUGCCUAAGCGUAAAAGGGACGAGGCGGAAGAGGACAAAUGGCGCAGGAGAAUAAAAAAAUACCAAGCAAAGUUAAAAGAAAAACAGAACGUUCACCGUGUUGUUUACUCGGACGAUGAACAUGAUAUAAUUGAAGAUCAUGAGGAAUACGAACGAAACACGUGUUUUGAGCCUGCAGGUUCCGCUGCGCAAUAUGACGAGUACAUGUACGACGAUGCAAUUGAAGAUAAAUCGGAAACGGAAUCAGCUAUAUUAGCUGCCCCUGCUAGUCACGUGGUCCAAUGUGCCGCAGAAGUUCAUGCCGAAGCAGAAAUUCCGGCGCCUAGUAAUGCAGACGUGCAAAAGGAUUCAGUUCCUGCCGAAUUAAAUACCAAUGACGAGAUCACCGUUGUCACCGAGGAUUUUGAUCCUGAUUUAUUACGAGCCUUAGGCGAGUUUGAGGCAGACACUGUUGAGUGGGGCGACAACAUUCACGAAGAUAUUGCUAAACAUUUUCAGCACAUCCUUUUGAAUGGGCUAAAAAAAGAAGCAAAGGAAGAAUUAAAUAAAAAAUAUUUAUUUCCAAAUAACGUACCUUUAUCUAAAGCCCCAACUCUAAAUCCGGAAAUCGCUGCCAUGCUGACCGAGGCAUCUAGAAAUAGAGAUAAUCGAAUUCUCGCCAAACAGCAGCAGAUUGGAAAAGCCCUUUCAGGACUAGGCAAGGCUAUGACCUCUCUUUUGAAAAAGGAGCCUAAUAUAGCUGAAGCCAUACGUACGUUAAGCGACGUCGGAAAAUUAGUUGCCGACGCUCACUUCGCUGAAACUGAAACUCGUCGGUCUGUCGUAAUUCCGCUGGUUGACAAAUCGCUCAUUGACCCUUUUAAAGAUAGGAAAAGGGAUAGCUUUUUAUUUGGCGAAAAGCUUGGCGAUUUAGUUAAAAGCUCCCGCGGCAUCAAGAAAACUGGGCAGUUGAUUCAAGCAGCACCCACAGCAUCUGCUUCAAGUUCCGGUUUAAACUGGAGGCCCCCACCGUCACGCCCACGCCUACAGCGAGGCGGCCAGCUGCCGUAUCCCGGCCGCGGCGGGGGGCUCCGAGGAUACUCGUACUACCAGCCCAGGCGCCGAGCGCCCCCAGCCCACAACACAGCAUUCCGGCGGCAGACGCAGCAUCCGCCGCCAGGACCUCCGCCGCCGAGGCGACAAGCGGCGCAGUCAGCGCGCCCGUCAGCCAACCAGCCACAAACCUAG